UGUAGACGUGGCCAGCGCUUCUUCACAAGUCAGGAGAGAGAACGGAGAGCUUCCAGAGGGUUCCGUCUCAGAGAGUGGCGAUCUCACGGUGGUCCGGCAGCCUUAGAGGCUUCAGAUGGCAGUGGUGAAAGAGGAGAAAAUGAUCAGGGCAAAGAGACAAAAUAUGAAGUGUAUUUCUUCGCCAAGAACAUGUACGUGCGGUUGCAUUACACUCCCGGAGGAACUGAUGACAAGAUUUUGACCAGUCUGCGUUUGAUUAGUAGUGGUUUUCCAUCACUUGCAGGAACGCCAUUUGCAGAACCUGGAAUAGACUGUUCCUUUGACACUGAAGCGAGUGAAGCAUAUGUGUUCUCCGGCAACCUCUGUGCCUACAUAGACUACGCUCCAGGUACAACAAAUGACAAGAUACUCGCAGGUCCUACAACAAUUGCUCAAAUGUUUCCUGUCCUAAAAAACACGGUGUUUGCUGAUGGCAUAGACUCUGCAUUUAGAUCAACAGAAGGAAAAGAAGUUUACUUAUUCAAGGGCAAUAAGUAUGUUCGAAUAGCCUAUGAUUCGAAGCAGCUUGUUGGCAACAUUCGCAACAUCAGUGAUGGGUUUCCUGUUCUGUAUGGUACCAUCUUUGAAAGUGGAAUUGAUGCGUGUUUUGCUUCUCACGUGGAGUCUGAAGCUUACCUUUUCAAAGGAGACAAGUAUGUGCGUAUCAAAUUCACUCCAGGUCAAACAGAUGACACUCUUGUCGGUGAUGUCACGCCUAUCCUUGAUGGUUGGCCCGUUCUUAGAGGCAUUUUGCCUGUCAGCUAAACAAGCCUUCACUCUCAUGCAUCAACCACCUUGGCCUCGUCACAAUCAAUAAGGCUUUCAUUUCCAACGUUUGUUUUCUUUGUCUUUAAUGUAACAUUAGGAUUGGAAGCAUAUUUCCUUUCCUAACGUAACAAGUCUGAAUGUUUGUCUUUCCUUUUCUGUACAGCAUGUUUGUUUCCUAUCAUCGUGUACUUUGUCCACUUAAUAAAACUGGGUGGUUUGGUU